AUGAAUUCGCUUCUGCUAGCCGUGCAGGCGAACGAUGUUGGUGAAAUCCAGCGUCUCCUGACAUAUUCUCCCAUUUGUCGUAAGCUGGUCAACUACCAGGCCCCUCAGAGCCACGAAACACCUCUUUUCGUCGCCAGCGUACGGGGUUACACCGGCGUGGUACGUUGGCUGCUCAACCGGGGAGCUCGGGUAGACGUGACGACUAGCUGGGGUGCGUCGGGACUCCACGCUGCGGCUGAGAGGGGCUACGAUUCGAUCAUCAAACUUCUUCUCGAGCAGAAAGCACCCAUUAACACCCAGACACAGUAUGGAGACACUGCUCUUCAUCUAGCAGCUUUUAGAGGUCACCAUAGGGUCAUCUUACUCCUCCUCGCUGCCGGGAUAGACACUACGAUCAUCAACUCGAAGGGGAGGACCGCCGUGGACGAAGCGGAGAUCGCCGGCCAUCACAUCAUCUCGAAGCGGCUGAGAUACGAGAGACUCUCGCGAUCAAGUGAAGAUCCGAAUAUGGAUGAGAGAAGGCCUGCUCCGUUGGGAUCUAUGCGAACCGAGCUGCUUCAAAACACCCCACAUCAUUCAGGCACGGCCGCGUGUGUAGACAGGAGUGCAGCAGCCAUUGUACCCUGUUACCCUCCUCAUGAUUUCGGGUUUGAUGUCGAGAAAUACCAUGUCCAAACGUCCAGCCCUGGUCAACUGGACACUCAAGCUCGUACGAAAGACUGGGUUAUAAACUCUGCACCUGUACCGAAUAAAACGUCUUCCACCUUCCAAGGAUCACAGCCAAAGGUCCGAUUCAUCGGCGACGAGGUAGAUGGAACGGAGGUCGUGUUCGCAUGUCCUGCCCCAGUGACGCCGUCUAACACAGGCUCAAAGGUGAAACCGAUGAACGUAUCAAGGCGGAAGGCCGCCAUGCUGAAAGACAUCGGAAAAAGCCAUUCCUGUGAAGGAAUCUGCAUGGAAACGAAGAUUACUUGCGAAACGAUAUUACCAGAGGUUGAUGACGUCGCCGCGAGACCGCAUGGACGAUGUCGACGCGUCAACAGUCUUGAACGCGCCGUUGAGGAGCUGCAGGACGAACUCCGAGAUACUCGCGAGGAAAUGGCGCGCGCCAAAGCCGACAUCACUGACAUUCAAGACAUGAUGAGGUUAUGCUGGGCUCGCGGUGGAGGAGCCGUGAUCAGUGAUCGCGGCGCUGCAUCAGAAGCACCAAUGAUAGGCCAACGAUACAUCAUUAGUCCUCUGCCUAGUGACGCUACUAACCCAUUAGAAUCAAGAAGGCAUUCCGGUCCGUUUCAGAUAGGUCGUAGUAAAGAAAUACCUCAAUACGAUGCCGAAUACAUGUCAGAAUAAGAUUCUUAAAUGAUGAUAGUCUUCCCUUGUCACAUCAUGAGAGUGGAAAGCGGACACCAUGGCAACGACAUUUUGUUCUCGGAAAACAAUAAUUCGGGAAAUCACUUUGAACCUUGGUUGCUUUCUUGCUCGAAACAUUUCAAGCUCGAUCAUUUCCUAACGAGAGCUGGUUAAUGACGUAUAACAUCUAACAUGGCGAUUAUUGUUUCUUUCAUACUCCUAAUGAACUGUAAUUACUUUUAAUGUACUUAUUAAUAUAAAACAACUUAACUUGAUAAAAAAAAGGAUGUAAAAGACAAAACAUCUCUUAUAUUUACUGGAUAUUCUACAAUUUUGUAAUGAAAGUUGAAUAAGAUAACAGUGUUGAAUGCUUGACCGUUGAUGGAAGUUUUAAAUUAAGAAGGGUAUAAUGAAAGAUUUUUUUCCUUCUCUUUUGUAGUCCAAGAGAAUGGAGAAUUUUGUUUGGGGUUGUGGUGGAGAAUCGUUUUUUCGUAUGAAAUUUCGAGUGACAUGCUUGUAGGUGGAGUUAAUUUUUUUGAUAACAUCUCAGAAACUGUACAGUUGGUCGAGUUCAUAAUUAUAGUUAGAAUGGAGGGUGA